AUGGCAUCGUACCUGUGCCUCCCAUGCCAAAUUGGAGCUGGGCUGGAAGGCUGCUGGUUUGAGCCCCGAAUGUGGACUCCCUGUCUGAUGAUGGCCCUGUUGGGCCUCCUGGCCCCUGCUCAUGGUACCGACUACGAGCCCAGUGAGGUGUGUUAUGAUAACCUGGGCUGUUUCUCAGACUCUCAGCCGUGGGCUGGCACCGUGGAGAGGCCUGACCCCCGCCUGCCCUGGAGCCCAGAGCAGAUCGGCACCCGCUUCCUGCUCUUCACCCAGCAGAACCCAGACCACCACCAGGAGAUCUCUGCCAGCAAGGACCUCCUUCAUGCAUCCAACUACGAUGCCGGCAGGAAGACUCGCUUCAUCAUCCACGGCUACCUGACCUCUGCAGAGGAGAACUGGCACACAGACAUGUGCAAGCUGAUUGUGAAAGCGGAGGAUGUGAACUGCAUCAGUGUGGACUGGCCAAGCUGGAAGGAGGCGGAGUAUUCCCAGGCAGCCAAUAACAUUCGAGUGGUGGGAGCACAGGUGGCAUACAUGAUGGCACUCAUGAGGGGCUCCUUCAACCAGUCUCCUGCUGACAUGCACGUGAUUGGCCACAGUCUGGGGGCUCAUGCCGCUGGGGAGGCAGGUCGCAGGACCAAGGGGCUCGCACGCAUCACAGGCCUUGAUCCAUCUGAGCCCUACUUUGAGAACUGUGCAGCUCUGGUGCGUCUGGACCCCACUGAUGCCACGUUUGUGGAUGUGAUUCACUCCAAUGGCGCUCCUUUCACUCCCAACCUCGGGUUUGGAAUGUCCCAGUCGGUCGGCCAUGUUGACUUCUACCCCAAUGGAGGAGAGCACAUGCCUGGCUGCUCCAAAAACUCUGUCUCUGAGACCGCCACCCCAAAUGACAUCUGGCAAG